AUGCCUCAAGACCCGCACCUUUACGGGCAGCCACCGCCCAAGAAACAGAAAAAGGAAACGGCGCUUUCAGGCUCCUUGUCGUUUACUUCUCAGCUCAGCUCACUUCUCGCGGAGGCACCAGGUAGGACACCCGGCGAUGCUCCUGCUAGAACGACGACCGGCCGGGCACGACCAUCAAAACUGAAAGCCGACGACCUCUCCAAAACCAAAAUCAAGCGCAAAGACACACCCGAUGGCAGCGGUGGGGGUGCGAAAAGGGAAAGCAACAAGCUAUCCCUUAAAUCACCUGUCGGGACAGAAGAGACCAAAGCCGAGCGCGAGUUUGCGCGGCGCAAAAUGGAGUCUAAAGCCCGGCUAUAUGCUGCGAUGCAGAGGGGGGACUACAUCGGCCGAGAAAUUGGCCUGGUUGACUUUGACCGCAAAUGGGCAGAAUCUCAACAAACGAACAACCCCGAAAACCUUUCCUCUUCCGAUUCAAAUUCAGAGGACGAUGCUAAUGGCGGAGACAACGUCGACACAACUCUCCACGAAUUCACCGAUGAGUUUGGCCGUGUUCGCCAUCUCACCCGCUCUCAAAUCCUCCGUCUCCAGCGCGGUGCCGCUUCUGCGGCGGAACUCGAGAACAUGUCUGCGCGGCCCAAAGCGCCGGAGAACGUUAUCUACGGCGAUGCCGUCCAAGCAGAAGCUUUUACCGCGCGGGACGGGGUGGAAACGAUGGAGGAGCUCGCAAGGAAACGAGACCGCAGCCCGACACCGCCCGAGGAUACACACUACCAGGCGGACUGGGAGAUCCGAACUAAGGGGGUAGGGUUUUACAAAUUUAGCAAAGAGGAAGGGAAGAGGGAGGAGGAGAUGAAGGCAUUGGAAGAGGAGAGGACACGAACCGAAGGGUUGCGGAAGGAGAGGGAAGAGAAGGCGAGGAAGAGGAAGGAAGAGAUAGAGCUAAGAAGGAAAGAAAUAUCUGAGAGGAGGUCGAAGAAGAUGGCGGAGAGCUUUUUAGAUGGGUUGGAGAAGGAUUUGGUAGGGGGGUGA